CAAAAUCAAGCAAACGCAAAUCUAGAGAGAGAGAGAGAGAGGAUGACGAUGAUGAGGCAGCAACAGCAACAGCAGCUGCUGCAGGUUUCAUGGCGGAAGAUGAAGGAGCUUCUCCUAAUUACAGUUCUCUGCCUGCAGAUGUUCGUCAUGGCCGCCAUGGCAGAUGUUGGCACCGCUGCAUCCUACCCUUCUCCCUAUAUACCAACGCAGUGUUGGGGAUACGAUCAGUCGCGAUUCCCGGCGAACAACAUGUUUGUGAGCGCCGGGGAGAUGGUGUGGGACAACGGCGCCGCCUGCGGGAGGAGGUACAGGGUCAGGUGCAUCGGCGGAAGCGGCCGGCCGUGCGUCGGCGGCUUCGUCGACGUGACGGUGGUCGACGCCUGCAACACCUUCCCCUGUCCUUCCACCUUCCUCUUUUCCGCUGAUGCUUUCCAGCAGAUCUCUCGCAACCCCCACGCCGCCGUCAGCGUCGAGUUCUGGCAGAUCUGAGCUUCUAAGUCAGCGAUGCGGCCGACCAUCAAUGGAGUUUCUUCUUCGCUUCGCUAUUACCUACAGUUUCAGCAUUGCUCCCCAUUGAGUUAUUUCAUGUAAUAUCUAUGGUUUGCAGAAUAUGAAACUGCAGAAAACACAAAAACAGAGCGACAAGUAUGAUCCAUGCAUCUCAUCACUUUUGAUGACCAACAAUCUAUCACAUAAAAAAAAAUAUGAUCAAUCUGACUUUAUCCAAGUCGUGACCGAUUCAAAUCGACAUCAAAUAUAGAUGUUAUGGCAUGAGUUUUAAAUCAUGGAAUCCGAUCAUAUAUAUUUUCGGAGCUUACUUAAUCUUGCAAGGGCGUAGUUUCCUGGAUUCAUGGAUAUUGGAUACAUAUGUUCAGGUUAUAUUUGAUGGUCCGAACGUAUGAUCACAGUGGAGAGGACAAUUACCCACGUAAGUGGCCUUUCGAUCUUCCAUUAUUGUACAUUUUUCUUUACAAUUUCUUCUAGAAGCUUAUUUAUCAGGAAAAAGACAACACUAGAAGACACAAUGACGGAAGAAAUUUUGACGAAUAAUUCAUCCCAGAUAGCAGUUGUACUCGCAGAUUUAACUUCGUCUAGACAGCAGCAUGAAAAGCAUGUGUGUAUCUAUACAUACAUCAAGUAAAUGAUGAUUCUCAUUAUCCGGAGUCGGCAGUCUACAGGUUGGCUAUCCCCAAAUAGGCCCUUGUAUAUCCCGUAUUUCAUGUUUCUCGGCCGAAACCCAUUUUGGGCCGAUUUCAACAACAAUUGAACAUGUGUUAGAUCAACUGCCAACACCUUACCGCAUCCUACGCCACAUGCAUGUUCAGAGAUAGGGGCGAGUUAGGCACGAGGUAUUAUUAGAAUGGGAAGGGCCUGACAAUGGCACUUCGUAUGAAGAGUUUGACCAGAUCUCUCAUUGGUUUCCAACUGCAGGAGCUUUGAGACAAACUCCUUCUAAGAAAGGAGGAUAUGUUACAGACCUACCCCCGAGAAGGCUGAGAACCACAGCCGACGGUGCCGAAACCAGUCGGGCAGCAUCAGCCAGGGCCUUA